AUGCACUAUCCAUGUAAGUGCUCUGGUGAAAAGGAUCCAAGCUUUAGAGGAGUCUACAAAGUUAUCUGGCUCAAGGCUACUGAGCUGAGACUUCUUAAUGUUGAGCUCCAAGCACAGGUUAAGCAAUUGAAUUCUACCAACAAGGGUCUAGUGGCCGAAGCAAGAAAAGAAAAGGAUGAGCUUUCAGUGAAGGAAGACAACUUGAUCGAAGCUCGCAAGGAAAUCAUAGAGGCCCUCCAANAGAAAAGAAAAGGAUGA